AUGAGUAGCAAAUUUGCCACUCAUCAAGGUGUUGAACAUAGUACUCAGGAGUAUAAAGUUAACAAGAAGGUCAAUAAAUUGAUAGUGAAGACUAUUCCACUACCUCUCCCACCUUUUUCUCAAAGGUUAAAGAAAAAGAAAGAAGAAGGGAAGUUUAAAAUGUUUAUUUCUAUGCUGAAAGAAUUGAGUUCAAAUAUCCCUCUUCUUGAAGCUUUCGAGAAGAUACCUGGAUAUGAAAAAUUUAUGAAGGAUUUUGUAACAAAGAAGAGAACUAUCAAUUAUGAGGAUAAAAGUGGGUUGCAUCAUUGUAGUGCGGUCACAUUGCAAUCUUUGGCACAAAAGAAGGGUGAUCCCGGAGGAUUCACGAUCCCAUGUAUCAUUAGGAAAUCUAGAUUUUUCAUAGCACUAUGUGACUUGGGUUCCAGCAUUAUCUUGAUACCAUUGGCAAUGUUCAAACAAUUAGGGUUGAGACCUCCUGAACUAAUAAUAAUGCGGUUGUUGAUGGUAGACCAUACAAUGAAGAAGCCCAUAGUCAUAUCAUUUGAUAUGAUGGUUAAAGUAGACAACUUCAUCUUUCCAACUAAGUUUGUUGUCUUGGAUUAUAAAGUUGACUUUGAUAUGCCCAUAAUCUUUAGGAGACCAUUUUUGUCCACGGCCAGAGCAUUAGUGGAUAUAGAGAAGGAGGAGCUUAAAUUUAGGUUGAAUGAUGAGGAGUUUACCUUCAAUAUUUGUAGAACCAUGAAUUAG